CCAUUUCCCUCCUCACUCCUGCUGCUGCUCGUAACAGCGCUGGCAGCGCACGCCCAUGAACAUCACGAUGAAGCCGAGAUCGACCUCAAUGCGCCGAUCGACACCAUGACCUGGUUGCACGUCGCGUUUCAAGCCUUCGUCUGGCUCGUCGUCUUCCCAGCAGGCAUGGUACUCGGCAUGGCCAAAUCUCGGUGGCAUGUACCGAUGCAGGUGGCAGGUCUGGCACUUACUACAGCCGGGUAUGUGCUGGGUCACUCGCACGGCGGACGAGAGUUUGCUUGGUCGGCCCAUGUCCCGAUGGCUACUGUCAUCAUCUUCCUGCUUGCUGCCCAAACCGCGCUUGGAAUCUACCUCAGAUUGCAUAUCCACGAGAAGACCCUCCGUCCUUGGGCAGCCCGCGCCCAUGGCAUUUUAGGAAAGUUCUACCCUGUUGUGGGAUGGGUCCAGACCGUAUUUGGAUUCGCCACGUUGGGAGGAUAUUGUCGAGGCGGCGCGCUCGGCCAGUGUUUGGCACACUAUAUCAUGGGCAGCGCGUUCAUCGCGUAUGGUAUAAUUUUGCUCAUUUUGCUUUGCGUUGGUGCGAGCUUUAUUGGGGAGAAACGGAGUCAGGAAUGGUUUGACAGCUGGGUUAUCUGUCUUUGGGGUGUCGUCAACAGCUUUACCGAGCACCAGGGCGGUCCAUGGACACACAAAGAUUUGCAGCAUACGAUGAUGGGUGUUGUUUGGUGGGCGGGCGGCGCGCUCGGCAUCUUCCUCUCGCGAAACAACCAGCGCUCCCUCCUCCCCGCCCUAAUCAUCCUCCUCACCGGCUGGGCAUUCUCAGCUCAUGUGCAAGCGCUCGCUCUGAGCACGGCAGUCCACGCCGUAUUCGGCAUAACCCUCAUUGCCGCCGCCCUCACGCGCAUUGUCGAGAUUGUUUUCGUCCUACGAGGUCAACCAAGCGGCACCGUCAGGGAGGGCAACAUAAGCCCUUGGCAGUGGCUGCCCCCUCUGGGGCUUAUCUGCAGCGGAUGCUUGUUCAUGUCCGCCACAGACGAGGAGCUGCGCUGGGCCGACUCCCUCGGGGUGGACCACGUUACGUACUCGCUCAUCCUCUUCAGCGCGGGAUUUGUCAUUUGCCUUCAUGCAUGUCUCCUCAUUCACCUGUACAUGUAUGCCGGACAGAACGGAGAUGUGGCCAGGGAAGGCGGGGUAAAGCUAGACAACGGCAAUGGGCAUGCCUACGCUCCUAUUCAUGCCGGUGAGGCGGAGAUGUUCGAGCUUGGAGGAGUGGAUGAAGAAGACGCGGAGGAGCUGCCGAGGAAAUGACGCUUUAAUUGAGGUAGAAAGGAUGGAAGGAGCGGACAAGAUGAUCAUUUGUGUACUUAUAUCUCUGCAUAAUCGACAUGCCAUCGUCAGUCG